UGAAGCUGAUUCUGAUUCUGUUCCAGUAAAGCUCCUCCUCUUCCUGUUCACAGAUAUACACUGAGGACAGCACACGGGGUGAUCAAAGAGAUGCUCCACCUGGACAUGUAUCACCUGUUGGUGCUGCUGCUGCUGUGCAGCCCAGGACUCCAGGCUGAAGGAGAACACACCUCAACAGAGCCUGUCAGGUUGGUAGGAGGAGCAAGUCGCUGUGCAGGAACACUGGAGCUUGAACAGGGAGAAUGGAGACCAGUGAGUUACAUUACAGUAGAUUAUUACUCUGACUGGAACCUGAAGACAGCAGCUGCUGCCUGCAGAGAGUUGGACUGUGGCUCUGCUGUUUCUGUAGAAGAGAGACAAGAGUCCUCAGUCAGAUCUGUGUGGCGGAUCAGGUCUGACUGUGUUGAGUCUGGAUCUACUCUGAGGAAGUGUGCAUCAUCAGAUUCCUCUUCCUCCAUCCUCUAUCUCAGCUGCUCAGACUCUGUCAGGCUGGUGAAUGGGACCAGUCUGUGCUCAGGCAGACUGGAGGUGAAGACUAACCAGUCUAACCAGCGCUGGUCCUCAGUGUGUGAAGAUGACUUUGACCAGCAGGAUGCAGAGGUGGUCUGUAGGGAGCUUGGCUGUGGGCCUCCUUCAGUCCUCCAGGGGGCGCUCUAUGGAGAAGUGGAGCCUCCAAUGAGGACCAAAGAGUUCCAGUGUGGAGGCCAAGAGUCUGCUCUCCUGGACUAUAGAAGCUCAGGCUCAGAUAGAAACACCUGCUCACCUGGAAAAGCUGUUGGACUCACCUGCUCAGAGCCUGAUGCUGUCAGGUUGGUGGGGGGAGCCAGUCGCUGUGCAGGUACACUGGAACUGCAAUAUCACAGAUAUUGGAGACCAGUGGGUGGCUAUUAUUACCCUGGCUGGAACCUGAAGAAAGCAGAUGCUGUCUGCAGAGAGUUGAACUGUGGCUCUGCUGUUUCUGUAGAAGAGAGACAAGAGUCCUCAGUCAGAUCUGUAUGGAGGAUCAGGUCUGAAUGUGUUCGGUAUGGAUAUGCUCUGAGGAAGUGUGCAACAUCAGAUUCCUCUUCUUCCAUCCUGGACCUCACCUGCUCAGACUCUGUCAGGCUGAUGAAUGGGACCAGUCUGUGCUCAGGCAGACUGGAGGUGAAGACUAACCAGUCUACCCAGCGCUGGUCCUCAGUGUGUGAAGAUGACUUUGACCAGCAGGAUGCAGAGGUGGUCUGUAGGGAGCUUGGCUGUGGGCCUCCUUCAGUCCUCCAGGGGGUGCUCUAUGGAGAAGUGGAGCCUCCAAUGAGGUCCAAAGAGUUCCAGUGUGGAGGCCAUGAGUCUGCUCUCCUGGACUGUAGAAGCUCAGUCUCAGAUAGAAACACCUGCUCACCUGGAAAAGCUGUUGGACUCACCUGCUCAGAGCCUGUCAGGUUGGUGGGAGGAUCAAGUCACUGUGCAGGAAUACUGGAGGUGAAACAAGGAGAAUGGAGACCAAUGGUUGUCUAUCCCUGGACCCUGAUGACAGCAGCUGCUGCCUGCAGAGAGCUGGACUGUGGCUCUGCUGUUUCUGUAGAAGAGAGAAAAGAGUCCUCACACAGAUCUGUGUGGAGGAUGAGGUCUAACUGUGUUCAGUCUGGAUCUGCUCUGAGGGACUGUGCAGAAUCACGUUACUCUGCCUACAUCCAGGAUCUCACCUGCUCAGACUCUGUCAGGCUGGUGAAUGGGACCAGUCUGUGCUCAGGCAGACUGGAGGUGAAGACUAACCAGUCUACCCAGCGCUGGUCCUCAGUGUGUGAAGAUGACUUUGACCAGCAGGAUGCAGAGGUGGUCUGUAGGGAGCUUGGCUGUGGGCCUCCUUCAAUCCUGCAGGGGGUGCUCUAUGGAGAAGUGGAGCCUCCAAUGAGGUCCAAAGAGUUCCAGUGUGGAGGCCAUGAGUCUGCUCUCAUGGACUGUAGAAGCUCAGGCUCAGAUAGAAACACCUGCUCACCUGGAAAAGUUGUUGGACUCACCUGCUCAGAGCCUGUCAGGUUGGUGGGAGGAUCAAGUCACUGUGCAGGAACACUGGAGGUGAAACAAGGAGAAUGGAGACCAAUGGUUGUCUAUCCCUGGACCCUGAAGACAGCAGCUGCUGUCUGCAGAGAGCUGGACUGUGGCUCUGCUGUUUCUGUAGAAGAGAGAAAAGAGUCCUCACACAGAUCUGUGUGGAGGAUGAGGUCUAACUGUGUUCAGUCUGGAUCUGCUCUGAGGGACUGUGCAGAAUCACGUUACUCUGCCUACAUCCAGGAUCUCACCUGCUCAGACUCUGUCAGGCUGGUGAAUGGGACCAGUCUGUGCUCAGGCAGACUGGAGGUGAAAACUAACCAGUCUACUCAGCAUUGGUCCUCAGUAUGUGAAGAUGACUUUGACCAGCAGGAUGCAGAGGUGGUCUGUAGGGAGCUUGGCUGUGGGGCUCCUUCAGUCCUCCAGGGGGCGCUCUAUGGAGAAGUGGAGCCUCCAAUGUGGACCAAAGAGUUUCAGUGUGGAGGCAAUGAGUCUGCUCUCCUGGACUGUAGAAGCUCAGUCUCAGAUAGAAACACCUGCUCACCUGGAAAAGCUGUUGGAGUCACCUGCUCAGAGCCUGUCAGGUUGGUGGGAGGAGCCAUUCACUGUGCAGGAACACUGGAGGUGAAACAAGGAGAAUGGAGACCAAUGGUUGUCUAUCCCUGGACCCUGAAGACAGCAGCUGCUGUCUGCAGAGAGCUGGACUGUGGCUCUGCUGUUUCUGUAGAAGAGAGAAAAGAGUCCUCAGACAGAUCUGUGUGGAGGAUGAGGUCUAACUGUGUUCAGUCUGGAUCUGCUCUGAGGGAGUGUGCAGAAUCACAUUACUCUGCCUACAUCCAGGAUUUCACCUGCUCAGACCUGCUGCUUCAGCCCAACAUCUCUGUGUCCUCCUCCAUGGACGGGGUCUCUGAGGCCCAGCAGCAGGGGUUCCAGGUGUUCAGGGACUCCACCUUCACUAUCAGCUGCUCCAUCCAGCCACAGUACCCAGGAGGCUCCUUCCAGCUCACCUUCACCUCCUCCAACUCAACACACAACUCCACCCAGCCAGCUGUCAAUCACUCUGCCCACUUCCUGUUUCCUGCUGCAGAGCCCGCCCACCAAGGAACAUACAGCUGUGUUUAUCAUGUUUAUGUUUUCUCUCAAAACUUCUCCUCUGAGAGCCGUCUGCUCUCUCUCACCGUCUCAGACCUGCUGCUUCAGCCCAACAUCUCUGUGUCCUCCUCCAUGGACGGGGUCUCCGUGGCCCAGCAGCAGGUGUUCCAGGUGUUCAGGGACUCCAACUUCACUAUCAGCUGCUCCAUCCAGCCACAGUACCCAGGAGGCUCCUUCCAGCUCACCUUCACCUCCUCCAACUCAACACACAACUCCACCCAGCCAGCUAUCAAUCACUCUGCCCACUUCCUGUUUCCUGCUGCAGAGCCCGCCCACCAAGGAACAUACAGCUGUGUUUAUCAUGUCUAUGUUUUUUCUCAGAACUUCUCCUCUGAGAGCCGUCUGCUCUCUCUCACCGUCUCAGACCUGCUGCUUCAGCCCAACAUCUCUGUGUCCUCCUCCAUGGACGGGGUCUCUGAGGCCCAGCAGCAGGUGUUCCAGGUGUUCAGGGACUCCAACUUCACUAUCAGCUGCUCCAUCCAGCCACAGUACCCAGGAGGCUCCUUCCAGCUCACCUUCACCUCCUCCAACUCAACACACAACUCCACCCAGCCAGCUAUCAAUCACUCUGCCCACUUCCUGUUUCCUGCUGCAGAGCCCGCCCACCAAGGAACAUACAGCUGUGUUUAUCACGUCUAUGUUUUUUCUCAGAACUUCUCCUCUGAGAGCCGUCUGCUCUCUCUCACCGUCUCAGAUGCAUCAGAUCCACCAGGUCCACCUACUCGAAGGCCUUUUAUCAUCGGAGUGGUCAUGUUCUCGCUAACUCUGCUGUUGGUGAUCACUGCUCUUCCUUUCUACUGUAAGGCCAGCAGGGGGCAGAAGCCGGACAGACAGAAGAACAUUGAGCUGCUUCAUUAUAAGCAGCUUGUUGCUACAGCUGAAGGAGGACUGACUGAUGAGGACGGAGCGCAGGGAGCAGAGUAACACCUCUUCAGCUCACAUCCAGAAAGUUUUUAAAACACAUAUUCCGUUUAAAUAAGAAGGCAGGAAUUAUUAUAUAACAUGUUGCUCAGCUCUAAGCCCACUGGUUCCUACUAAAAACACCUCAGAAAUAUAAAGUUUAUUUUAGAAAUUAGA